AUGACGGUGAAGCGGCGCAAUGGAGGGCGCAACAAGCACGGCCGCGGGCACGUGAAGCCCAUCCGCUGCUCCAACUGCGCCAAGUGCUGCCCCAAGGACAAGGCAGUGAAGCGGUUCCUGGUGCGCAACAUCGUGGAGCAGGCGGCCGUGCGUGACGUGCAGGAGGCGUGCGUCUAUGACGGCUACGCGCUGCCGAAGCUGUACGCGAAGGUGCAGUACUGCAUCUCGUGCGCCAUCCACUCGCACGUCGUGCGCGUGCGCUCGCGCCAGGCGCGCCGCAUCCGCGAGCCGCCCAAGAGGCCCGGGCGCAAGGUGGGUGAAGGCGCUGCUGCUGGGGGAGAGGGCGGGGGGAGCUGCAGGGGAACAGCGCUUUUGGUUAGGACGACCGUGGCAAGCCAGGUCUUAGAAUCCGCUGAUGAGGCGGAGCGGGGCGCGCUGGGGCAGCUGGCGGCGCUGCUGGGCGAGGGGGGAGACGCGGGGACGGUGCGCCACAUGCUGCUGCGGGGCAACGGAGCCUUCCGCCGGGGCAACUACGAGGAGGCAAUAGAGGCGUACUCCCGCGCACUGCAGCGAUUCAGCCAGCUCGCCUCGUCACAGGCACACUCAGCCACUGUCACUCCCACUACUGUCACGCCCGCUACUGCCACACCCACCACUGCCACGCCUGCCAUUGUCACACCCACCGCCGUCACACCAAACCCGAGCAGCACCCACGGCAGCAGCGGCGGUAGCAGCAGCAACAGCAGCAGCCCGUUUGUGAGCGCAAGCAGCAGCCCAGAGGAGGGGUUCCGACUCCCACCCACCACUCUCUCUGCACUCCAACCUCCCCCUACCGCUGCUUGUGCUGGCUCACCCACGGCCUCUCUGCCUCCCCGUCUGCCCCCUGACGCUACUUCUGUACUCCUUAGUAACCGAUCCGCCGCUCUCUGCUGCCUGAGCAAGCGACUGCGCAGCAUCCCAGCAGCACAGUCGGAGCGCAGGGCUCUCUAUGGCCUCGACCCACUCUCUCUCGCCCAGCUUGCUCUCAAGGAUGCGGAGAAGCUAGUGAAGCAGAGCGAGGACUGGCCCAAGGCGCACCUCCGGAAAGCAGCGGCUCUCGUUCUCUUGGAGCGAUACAGUGACGCACGGGAGGCGUUUCUCAGCGGCCUUCACAUCGACCCCACCAACCCGCUGCUGCAAGCAGGGCUGCAGGAACUAACAGCAGAGGAGGAGGAGGUGCGGCGAGUGGUGCAGGCAGGGCGAGUGGGAGGAGUAGGAGGAGGAGGAGGAGGAGGAGGAGGAGGAGGAGGAGGAGGAGGAGGAGGAGGAGGAGGAGGAGGAGGAGGAGGAGGAGGAGGAGGAGGAGGAGGAGGAGGAGGAGUAGGAGGAGGAGGGGAGGGGCGGAGAGGUGGAGGGCGGGAGGGGCGGAGAGAGGCCGAGGGGGUAGGGAACAAGGGGAAUGAGGCAGGGGAGGGGAGGGAUGGAAAAGGCGGUUUGUCGUCUUCUGAGGGGGAAGAGGAGAGCGAUGAGGAGGAGGAAGAGGAGGAGGCGGGGGAGGAGAGAGAUGGGAAGGGUGUGGAAGGGGGAGGAGGGAAGAAGGAGGGAGGGGAGGUGACGGGAGAGGGGGAGCAGGAGGAGGGGAAGGAUGGGGUGAGGAGGAAGAGAGCAAGGAAGGGAAAGGGGAAGAAGGGGAACGAGCAGCAGCAGGAAGAGCAUGGGAAGAACGAGAAGAGUCAGCAGCAUGGAGUGGAGAGGACAGAGGAGUUUGACUGCAGUCUGUGCCUGAAGCUGCUGUUUCACCCGGUCACCACGCCCUGUGGGCACUCUUUCUGUCGCUCCUGUCUCGUGCGUGUGCUGGAUCAUGGCAACAAGUGCCCCGUGUGCCGCACUGUUCUCUUCGUCAGCCCUAUGCAACACCCUGUCAGUGUGACUCUUCAGGCCAUUCUAGAGCGGCUGUUCCCAGAGGAGUAUGAGGAGAGGCGGCAGGAGGUGGAGGGGGAGAAGGUGGUGGGGCGGGAGGUGAGUGUUUCGGGGGGCGGACAGAUCCUGCCUCUGUUCGUCAUGGAUUCGGUUCUGCCCGGGCAGAAGAUGGCUCUUAACAUCUUUGAGCCCAGAUACCGCCUCAUGGUGGGUGCGAAGGAAGGAACGGGGGGGGGAGGGAUGACGAAGGGGGGUUGGUUGGGUGGGGAUCAUGGCGAGGGGAAGGAUUGGGUGGGGAUCAUGGCGAGGGGAAGGAUUGGGUGGGGAUCAUGGCGAGGGGAAGGAUUGGGUGGGGAUCAUGGCGAGGGGAAGGAUUGGGUGGGGAUCAUGGCGAGGGGAAGGAUUGGAUGGCAGAAGAUGGUUCUUACCAUCUUUGAGCCCAGAUACCGCCUCAUGGUGGGCCGGAGGGGCAUCACUGUGCUCUCCUCACUUGUCCCACUCUCCUCCUCACCCUCCUUCCUCCCCUCGCUCCCCUUCCUCCCCUCGCUCCCCUUCCUCCCCUCGCUCCCCUUCCUCUCCUCGCUCCCCUUCCUCUCCUCGCUCCCCCUCCUCCCCUUGCUCGCUUCGCUCCCCUCACUCCCCAUCCUCUCCUCUCGCCAGGUGGGAGUGGAUAGGCGCUCUGGCACCAUGCAGGACGUGGCAUGUGAAGUCAAGAUCUCAGAAUGUGACCCCUUACCCGAUGGCCGUUUCUACAUAGAGGUGGAGGGAGUGCGUCGCUUCAGCAUCACCAGCAGCUGGGAGCAAGACGGGUACCGAGUGGCUCAAGUGGAGUGGGUGCAAGACGUCAUUCCAGAGGCAGGCUCAGAAGCAGCCAACAAGCUAUCAUCGCUAGCAGAGGAGGUGGCAGGGGUGGCAAGAGAGUGGGUGGCUCGAGUUCUCUCCACUGCUCGUGCAAAUCGUCGCAGCAGGUUGAUUGAGCAUGUGAGGAAUGCCGGAGACAUCCCCCCUGCCAGCCAGCCUGAGCGCCUCAGCUUCUGGCUAGCAAACCUGCUUCCCAUCGGCCCGGAGGAGAAGGUGUCGUUCCUGCGAAUGACCGACCCGGGCCAGCGUCUCACUCAGGAACUUGCCCUGCUGCGUGCUCAUCCCCUCUCAUCAUGCCACCUGCAGUGA